UUCCCGAGCUAAGCUCCCGUAAUAGAAAAUGCGCGGUUCCGGCAUAUUGUGCUUUUUAGUACUAGUGGUACCGGCCCACUUGUUUAUUAUUUGCCAAAUUGCGUGUCCUCAAUACCAGCAGCCCUGCGGAAUGCCCUACAAUUGUGGAGGAUGCUGUAAUUACUACCCGCCGCUUCCACCGCCGAGGCCCUACCCUAUUAUUUACCCGGGACCAUUUUACCCCGUUCCGUAUCCACCGGUAACGCGCCCGAGUAUCGUCGUCAAACCUACCCCUAAACCGCAGGGUCCUGUAACAGUCGUAGUGAACACGUCGACUUCAACUAAAGAAUGGCAUUGUCCAGAGGAUAAUGACGACGAGGAUUAUAGAUCAUCCCUUGGAGAGCUGGUGGAGUGCGAGUUUGACACGGAUUGCAAGACAUUUUCCGUACGACACAAGUGUUGCUACCAUUACAUUUUGGAAACUCACAUUUGCAAGCCGGCUGUGACCGCCUAACUUUAAUUAGUUUGUUAAUUUGAAACUUUAUUAAUUAAAAUAAACGAACGUACUAAUCACUUACUAAUUGAUUAAUUGAUUGAGUGCAAUAACUAACGCAUGUUAAAUUACGAACAGAAACUACAUCCACCUCCGCUCCGUGUGUAUCGCAACCAUCAAAAAACAGAUGUCCAGCGUUAGGAAACCCUUCCGCCGAGGAAUGUCGCAGUUACAAACGCAUAUUUCCCAAUCCGACAACGUGCGUAACGCCAGCCGAUUGCCCACAUCCUUUCAACACAUGCUGCGAGGACGCGUGCUUCAAAGGAAAAAUCUGUAAAACCUACCUACCUACGUUUGAUUAAUAAUUAAAUCGGCUUAUUUAUUUUAAUAUUUAAGUGGAACGCCAGUUGAAUAAUCACGUAAAUUGAUUUCCUUUAGGUUUAGGAGGUCAAUCUCAAUUUGUAUUAAUAGCUUAUUCUUUAUAUGGGCAUUUUUGCAUAAUAAUCUUAAUAAAUAUUUAAACGUAGGUAAGCAUUAAAAAUCCAUUACAUCAAUCUAAUCGAAUUCCUAAGCCAAGCCCGAAUACUUUCCAAAUUAUUUACAUGGCAAACUUUUAGGGAAUCUUCCAAAUGUCUAAUUUCAUAGAAAUUGCUCAAUCCGAAAUUGGUUUUGAUAUGAUUUUCGUAAAUAUUUUAGACAUUUAAAUAUCUAAGGGUAUAUAAGGGUAAUUACUAGAAAUAGUAAAAUGACACACUCAUGGCCAAUUUUGCAAAAGUUAAAAAUUCUACCUUUACGACAUAUGUACGUUUUCAAGGUAUUGAGACUUUUUUAUAUUAGAAGCAGUAAUAACUUUUGCAAUUUUGAUAAGCAGCAUAAUCUAAGACAUACUUUACCAGCUACAAUAUCUCGUUCAAAGUUAACUCUGCAUCAACAAUUUUAUUCGUGUAAUGCACCGCGAC